AGGCCACAAAAUGGCUCCACUCACUUUUCCAAAUGAAAGGCAAACGGUAAUGUAUCUAUAGGAGGGGAGAGCCGUGCUGUAAGCAUUGUGUGUCCCUCUGUCCCUGAAGAUGAUGGAGAGGUUGGGGACAGACAUCGAUGGCACCCACGAUGUUGCAUCUCCCCCAGCACAACAAGACGCAGCAGAGCCAGAGAGAACUGUGGAGCUGAGUGGGGUGAAAGAAGGGGCGGCCCCCAACUCCCCCCCCAGAGCUGUCCCGGUGAUUGAGUUGCACAGAAGGGGGGAGGGAUCGGGGAAUAUAAAGGCCAGAGAGCAGGAGCUGAGGCUGCAGAGCAUUAGGACCACUGAGCUGUGUAGAGCUCCCUUGACACUAGCCACAGAAUUGUGCAGAGCCCCACUGACUCCGACCACAGAGCUUUGCAGAGCACCACUUACCCCAACUACAGAGCUGUGCAGAGCCCCACUAACCCCCACCACAGAGCUUUGCAGACCCCCACUUACCCCAGCUGCAGAACUCUGCAGAGCAUCAUUGACACCAGCUGCAGAGCUGUGCAGAGCCCCAAGCUCAGUGACUGGACCGCCUCUUACUGUCACCACCGAGCUUUGCAGACCCCCGAUCCCCUUGCCGAGCACCGGACCCCCAGCUGAACAAGCUGUAGAAGCCCGGAUGGUGCAGCUGAGUCCCACGGCUUCCCUCCCUUUGCAGGCGGCGGGCAGAACCAUGCUGUAUGGGCUCAAUCAGACCCUGGCGUCGGGUAACAGUGGUUACUUUGAUGACCCAGAAGCCUACCCCAUGUUCACAAACAAUUCCAGAGUUAAGAGAAGACCUGGCCCCUAUGAAGUGGAGAUUUCUGAAGGUCCCCAAACAAAAGUGGUCAGACGCAUCUUUACCAACAGCCGAGAGAGGUGGAGGCAACAGAACGUAAACGGGGCAUUUGCUGAACUUCGCAAGCUCAUCCCUACUCACCCUCCAGACAAGAAACUUAGCAAAAAUGAAAUUCUUCGUCUGGCAAUGAAAUACAUCAACUUUCUGGCCAAACUUCUUGAUGACCAGGAAGAAGAAGGCAACCAAAGGAAUAAAGGAAAUAAAGAUAAUGGGAUGGUUCAGCAAGAACUUCUUCAAGACAUGCUGUCCCCAAACUCUAGCUGUGGAAGUUCUUUAGAUGGUGUGCCAAGCCCUGAUAGUUACUCAGAGGAACAUGAUACACUGGACUCCAAGCACAGCAGAAAUCUACAUCAAGCUAUGCUACCUGUAGAUGGCAGUGGGCAGCGGUGAUUAAAUAAAUAUCAGCAUCAUUUCCAGUAUUUCCUCAUGGGUAUGAACUAUGACCCACUGGGUAUGGACCAUUGUUUUACUGGUAUUGAUGCACAAUUUGGGAUGAAGACAAUAUAUGAAUCUCUAAGGUACUCUAUUUAAAAUACAAAAAAAAUCCAUCUUUAUAAUGUACAGACCAUCUCUUCAAUGCAACAAAAUCCGCUGUGCAAGAGGACUCUCAUGUUUAUAGAUAAGGUAUAUUGUAUUCCAGUGUAAGAGAGGUUCCUUCUAUGUAUAUGUAUUGAAACAUGUAACCGUUUCAUAGCUAUAUGCUUACUGGAUACAAAGUUGACCAAGUUAAACAUUUAGCAUAAUAAUUUCUCUUGAUAGAGCCUCAGGAUGGAUUUUGGAACCAUUGAAAAAAAAAAAAAAAAAAAAACAAGCAGAAAUUUUUUUACUUGGUACCUGUUGAAGAGAAGGUACAUAUCCAUUCAUUUAUAUUGCAGUUGUUAGGUUCACAUCAGUAUUAUUUAAUAAAUGUUUGGCACAUUAUAUAUUAUUUGCAAGUUGUAGUUAAAAAUCUGCAUUUAUAAUGUAUUGAUUUUUAUAUUUUAACUGUGUUUAAAGCUAAGAGAGAAGCCACAGUGUUCUGUUUUAUCCAUUGACUCUGUAAAUGGGCUGUGGAGACUUUUGUGGGUCUUUAUUUCCUGAAAAAAGUCUCUCUCAUUAUUCACAAGAUCCUACAUUCAGUAGUCCACAAUUAGUGCCAAAGACCCUAAAUUGAUGCUAUAGUUGCCAUUUUGAGUGCAAACAGAAGUAGUCCUCCUAUGGAUCCAAAUGUUUUUGAAGUAUUGGUGUUGUUGUGUGGCCCUAUCCUUCUUAUAAGGCAGGAUCUUGGCUGCAUUGGCCUACGGUCCUAUAUGUUAUUGUUCAACACCAUAGAUCACCUUCCCCCAUGUAUCAUUCUUAGUUUCACUCAAACUUCAGCUUUUCUCUGCAAGGUUACAACUGUUUUUUCUUGGUUUAGGAACGCUGAUAAAUAAUUUACCAAGUGUUAGUGUGUUACACUCCAAAACACUACUCAAAAUGUUUCCAUGCCUUGACAGACCUAGAAUGACCAAGUAAAGAAUAUUAUCUUUUUAAAUUAUACUUUCCAUGGAGUGACUUAUAUCCUGCUAAUCUCAUGACGUCUUAAAAAUAUUUCCCAAUCUUGUGUGAUAAUACUUCAAAACAUAGUAACACAUACCUGUACAUACAACUGUAACUGAUGGCACUCCAGUCCAGCAAUUGUGCUAAUAACUUUCUUGUUUAUUGAGAUCUCUGCACACAAUGUUUCGAGGGAUGCAGGUAUAUAAAGGGAAAUCCUCUCCCCUUAAUUUUGCAAAUAAGUGCAUAUUAGUAAGAAAAAAAUACUUGUCAUAGACAAGUUCUGAGCAGGAUCAAACAACUAGAAUAUUUGAAUAUUUAGAUAUAGUCCAUUCUCAAAGAAAAAAUCCCAUUCGAGAAAAUAUAAAAGUGGCUGUAAGGGAAAAAACAUGUGAUCAGUGAUUACCCGCAUUUGCCAGAACCCACAGAUUGCCAGUCUGGGCCUGGGAAGCAGUGUCCGAUAAACAGGGGCAUUGUGACUGCCACGAUUCUACUCGAGUAUGCAGAAGUCAAUUGUUCCCUGUGCCAUACGCUUAAGAUUAAAUGGGUGAAUUUCCUGUGGUUUUUGUUUUAACUAUGAGAAAGUCAUUCAUCACAUAACCAAUAGUUCCAAGGGAACACCAGAAAGCCUCAGUUGUGACAUUUGCAUUCUAGUGGGUAUCGGUUUUUUUUGCGAGGGCAAACCAAAGUCAUUAUUUUUCUUUGCCAGCCGUGGGCCUAAUUGACAUAGGAAUUCUGAUUAUUUAUGGCACUUCAAUGACAAUACUAUGAAAACCUUUUCAUUGUGACAUAUAGGGCACAUUUUGCUUUCCUACAUACAGGUAGUUUUUGGUCAUGCAAUAAAAAAGGUACAGUGACCUUAAUGGAUUUAUAAAAUAAUUAUUGCCUUGUUACUUAUGCAGAUGAAUGUUUUGAGAUUUGCUUGGCUGUGCUCAGUUGGUCAUUGGAAAGGUACAUAUAUUUUCCCUCUUCUUUCGCUUAUGCUAAAUCUUGAUGUUAAUGACAGCACUUUUCAUUAAUGUUGUACUGUUAGAGUAAGUCUUGAGUUUGGUUUCUGCAUUUUUUGCAGAAUGUAAGUAACCAGGCCUGGUACCCAUUUAACCCUUCCCUUGGUCCAAAGAUAUGGGAAGAGUUAACUUUGUAAAGCCGUUUAGGCAAACAGUCAAUGUGCUAUUUAGAAAAAAAACACAUUUUUUGUUAUAUAAUGUAAUAUUGAGAAAAUUCCUAAAUAAAAUUUCUGAAACA